AUGGGGCGGCGGGUGCGUCUCGCGCUGCUGCUGUGCGUCGCGGUUCUGCGGGCCGCGGGGUUGGCGGCGGCUGAUGAAGAAGGGAAUCAAGAUGAAUCACUGGAGUCAGAGGCUUUACCUGCAGAGGACCAGGUAAAGGACCAUUCUGCAGGAACUCGAGUGGUAGCAGGUCAGAUCUUUCUUGAAUCAGGGAAGUCAGGCUCUCAGCCUGAGGAUGAAGAGAACUUCCACAGUCAAGAGGAAGAAAAAGAGAAUUCUCUGGAAGAGUUGAACUCUCUAGACAUGUCUGACCUAUUAAAUAAGGAUUUGGAAGAUGCAGAAAUACAGAGUCCAGUUUUGACAGCUAUUGGAGGCACUGCAGAUGGUGAACCUUGCCACUUCCCCUUUUUGUUUAUGGAGAAGGAAUAUGCAGAGUGUACUGCAGAUGGGAGGGAAGAUGGCAGGCUUUGGUGUGCAACAACCUAUGAUUACAAGAAAGAUCAAAAGUGGGGCUUCUGUGAAACUGAAGAGCAGUCCAAUAAGAGGAGGCAGAUGCAAGAAGCUGAGGAUAUUUAUCAGACUGGAAUGAAAAUCCUUAAUGAAAGCACCAAAAAGGCUCAGAAGAAAGAAGCAUAUCAGUAUCUUCUGAAGGCAGCUGACAUGAAUCAUACCAAGGCAAUGGAGAAAGUGUCUUACGCACUGUUGUUUGGGGAUUACUUGAAGCAGAACAUACAGUCAUCUAAAGAGCUAUUUGAAAAACUAACAGAAGAAGGUUCUCCUAAAGGACAAAUGGCACUUGGAUUUCUGUAUGCAUCUGGUCUAGGAGUCAAUUCUAGUCAAGCUAAGGCCCUGGUCUACUACACAUUUGGAGCUUUAGGAGGAAAUCUGAUAGCCCAUAUGAUCUUGGGUUACCGUUACUGGGCUGGGAUAGGAGUCCUGCAAAGCUGUGAAUCUGCUCUCACUCACUAUCGACUUGUAGCUAAUCACGUUGCUAGCGAUAUUUCAUUGACUGGUGGAACUGUGGUUCAGCGGAUUCGCUUAGCAGAUGAAGUAGAAAAUCCAGGAAUGGCAAGUGGAAUGUUGGAAGAAGACUUGAUUCAGUAUUACCAGUUUGUAGCAGAGAAAGGAGAUGUACAAGCGCAGGUUGGUCUUGGACAAUUGCACUUGCAUGGAGGAAGAGGAGUAGAGCAAAAUCAUCAGCGCGCAUUUGAGUACUUCAAUCAAGCAGCUAAUGCUGGCAACUCACAUGCCAUGGCCUUUCUAGGAAAGAUGUACUCAGAAGGAAGUGAUGUUGUACCUCAGAAUAAUGAAACAGCUCUUCAGUAUUUCAAGAAAGCUGCUGAUAUGGGUAAUCCAGUUGGGCAGAGUGGGUUAGGAAUGGCUUAUCUCUAUGGAAGAGGUGUUCCAGUGAACUAUGAGCUAGCUCUGAAGUAUUUCCAGAAGGCUGCAGAACAGGGAUGGGUUGAUGGACAACUUCAGCUGGGUUCCAUGUAUUACAAUGGUAUUGGAGUCAAGAGAGACUAUAAACAAGCUUUGAAAUAUUUUAAUUUGGCCUCCCAGGGUGGCCAUAUUCUGGCUUUUUACAAUCUGGCUCAGAUGCAUGCUACUGGCACUGGAGUGAUGCGUUCUUGUCAUACUGCUGUUGAGUUGUUUAAGAAUGUUUGUGAACGAGGACGCUGGUCUGAAAGACUUAUGACUGCAUACAACAGCUAUAAAGAUGGCGAUUCAAAUUCUGCUGUUGUUCAGUAUCUUCUUUUGGCAGAACAAGGCUAUGAAGUUGCACAAAGCAAUGCUGCUUUCAUACUUGAUCAAAAAGAAGCUAGCAUAGUAGGAGAAAAUGAAACAUAUCCACGAGCGUUGCUUCACUGGAAUAGAGCAGCUUCUCAAGGAUACACAGUUGCAAGAAUUAAACUUGGAGAUUACCAUUUCUAUGGAUUUGGUACUGAUGUUGAUUAUGAAACAGCAUUUAUUCACUAUCGACUGGCAUCAGAGCAGCAGCACAGUGCCCAAGCGAUGUUCAAUCUGGGCUACAUGCAUGAGAAGGGAUUGGGCAUCAAGCAGGAUAUUCAUCUUGCAAAACGAUUCUAUGAUAUGGCUGCUGAAGCAAGCCCAGAUGCCCAGGUUCCAGUCUUCCUAGCUCUUUGCAAGCUUGGAGUGAUAUACUCUAUGCAGUAUAUACGAGAAAUCAAUUUAAGGGAAGUCUUCUCACAUAUUGAUAUGGACCAGCUGCUUGGGCCUGAGUGGGACCUUUACCUUAUGACCAUCAUCACCUUGCUUCUGGGAACAAUUAUAGCUUAUAGACAAAGGCAACAUCAGGCAAUUCCCAGACCAGCAGGACUACGACCAGCUGUGCCUCAACAAGAACCACCACCUCCAGAGCAUCAACCACCACAAUAGCAACAAGGGCCUCGGUAAAAGAACUGGAUUUUUCCAAGAAGAACAACUUUCAUUGUGAUUUAGGACUUCAGAUUAAUCGUCCCUUCCAUAAAAGAGGCACAGAGAAGUUAAUAAGGAUUAAAGUAUGAAAGCUGCUUAGAAUGAUGCCUUUUUUCAGGGAUAAGAAAUUUCUUCUGAAACUGAUUUGAAUGUUAUUUCAGUGCCAAUGGAAUAACACUAUGGCUUUUUUCAUGGAAACACAAGUGUGCUACUACAAAAAAAUGUUGCCUGCUGUAUCUAGUUUCUCUUUAUUCAGAGUCCUUUUCAUCUUAGAGAGAGAGAGAGAGAGAGAGAGAGAGAGAGAGAGAGAGAGAGAGAAGGCUAGCAUUAGAAGACUUUUGCCUGUCUGAUAGCAGCUGCCCUAUAAAAAUAAUGAAUUUAUGGCCAGUUUCAUUCCAAGAAGCUGAACUGUAUUUGAAGUCCAAAACAGUUGGAGCUCUAUGAAUUCAUAUUCUGAUCUCCACCUCAAGUAUUUCUACAAUCCUUAUUUGAUUUAUUUCUUACUCUUUGGUCUUCUAUGCUGUCUUGAAAAGUUUAAUCUGGAUUAUUUAUAAGUUCUGUAAAACUAAACCAGCAAAUAUGUAAUUGCAUUUGUGCUUUUUUUUUUUUUCCGGUAUUUUCCCUCAUUAUCAUCAAAGUAGACAGUUGUCAACAGUUAGUAUAUAGCCCAGGAGGAGAGUUGAAAUAGAUAGUGUUUGUAAAACUAAUUAGUUGCAAACUGUGCAGGCCCGGAUCUCACAUCCUUCUGAAAAGUUUUUUGGAGUCUCUUAACUUGCAAUCCUUAGUAAUGUAAGGAAAAGUUAGUAGUAUCUUUAAAUAGUGUAACCUUGUUGUUACAGACAUGCCAAGUCUAUUUACAUUGCAGAAAGCAGCAGAGUUAGUGUGGGCACUGAAGAAAGAACAGAACCAUAUGCCUUCCUGGUUUUAAGUAGAGAAAACCUUGUAUUUUAUUUCCAACAAUGCUUCAUGUUAUCUGCACUGUAAGAAGAUCCUCUUGCAGAUGAAGUGUAGUAUCUUAUGUGCAUCUGUUUAAUGCAUCCGCAGCAAAAAAAUAGAAGGGUCCCAAAGGCAUGUACUUUCUACAGAAAGGUGUGGAUUUAAGCCAGUGAUGCUACAAGUUCAGUUAACUGAUUAAAAAAUCCUGUGUUAAAUCACAGCAGUGGCCUACCCUUUUUGUACUGGGCAUACAUAAGAAAGUCAGCCAAUGUUUGAGUAGCUGUACAACCUGAGGAUCCCUGUAACAAAAUUUGAAGACAGCUAAUGUUAUUGACUCUUGACACCACCGAAUUAGUGUUGGCCUUUUUUGGAGUAUAGAGAGUAUGUAUGACCUGUGGGCAUAUGUUUUUAGACUGCAAGAAGCUAGUGACAGUUUGUCAUUGAACUACAAUUUCAGAGUAUGAGGUUGGAAAACAGUAUCAUAGGUGUAACAAAUACAGAUGUUUGUGCUCUUGGCAAAUCAGUUAAGUACCUAUUUCUGUGCUAGCGUUUGAACUCCUGAAUAUGCUGUCCUGUCUUAAAGUAGAAUGAAAUACAAAGAUAAGGCUUUAGCUUCUCUCUGACAAAAUCUACUUCAUUCAAAGGGUUAAGAGCUUUCUUUCAUAUACUUUUUUCAGUGCAUUGGCAGCUUCAGUGCAUUGGCAUAGACUUUGAUCUGUUUUUAUACUUAAUGCAAUUGUUGCAUAAUAUAUCUGUAGUUUGGGAGAGAGGGAAAGAAAGAUGCUAUUCUGUGAACUGAAACGUCAUGGAUGACUUAAUAUUAAAAUAGAGGUAGAGCUUCUCAGUACUUGAAAAUGUUUCUUCUGGUUAUGUGGAGACAAAUCCAUUGUUGUAGUUUGAUGGAGGGUUGCAGCAUGUGGCAGAGGAAUGUUUUUGUUUCAGUCUUUUUCAUCAUUAUCAGUUGGAACAGUAUUGAACUGAAAUGUAGAGUCUGGAAUGUACAGCACUCCCCAGUUGCAUUUCUGAGGUACCUGUGACUUCUGAGCACUUCUUCUGACCUCUUUCUUUUUGCCUCUGUCACCUAAUAGUUCUUUUCUAGCUCAGCAUGAAUAAAUUAAAGAUUAUAUGGGAAAUGUUUUCCAGUUAACUAUCACUGAUUCGUUGAUCUCUUAGGAUGUUUAAUAAUUUUGUUAAUGCUUUAUUAAAAUGUUUUUGUUGUUUUUAUCUGCUAGAACUAAAUUCUAAAAGCUCUGUUUGCAUGAGACUCUCUCAUCAUUGUUGCUAUGUGACAGUCUUACAGCUAGCUUUUCACUGAACUGAUGCAUUUUUACAGCUAAGAAAUCAGCGGAAGAAAAUGGCUGGAGAUCAGCGAAUUAUUCCAUUUUACAGAACUGCUUUUUGAAGAAGCAAUAAGGAAGUCUUUCUGCUUUUUUCCCUGCUUUCUACCAAAUUGCUACCACUAACUUUUUUCAGAUGACAUUCAUUUGAGUGAAGUGGUAGUAGUAAAGAAGUACUUACCAGGAGUAAUAGCAAGUUAACUCAGGGAUUAAAGAAAUGAAUACAUUUUCUAAACCAUUUGUCAUACAACAUCACUUCAGCUUCUGAGACAAUCCCUUGCUACUCUACUCUGAAACUUGCAUUUUGAGAGAAAUGUGUUUAACUCUUACUAGCAAUAUGUUUCUUGUGUGCUUGGUUUGUCAAACUGCUUUUUUCCCUGAGGAAUUGGAUUGCUCAGUUGUUUGCGGUGAAGUGCUCUUCCCUUUUGGUAAUAGAUUGUCCUAUAGCUUGUAUGCAGAAUUAUUUUAGAAGGGAUACUUAAUUUUAAGAUAAGCAUUUUUACUUAUCUGAAGUGUUUUUUGAAUGGAAAAACUGUAUUCUUUGUGAUUACUUAGGUCAAAUAGGCAUGCUCUGGCCUUCCCAGACACCUGCUGUUUUCUCCCUGAAGGGAAAAUAACAACUAUAAAGAGCAGUAGCUAUUGUCAGUGGGAGUUCUGUAUGCAAGAAAACAGUGGAAAGAUGUGGUGGGAAAUAUUUUUCUACACCUGCAUCAUUAAGUAAGCACAUCAGCUGCUUCAGCUGUUCUUGCAGUCUGAAAAUAACAUGAAACUGUUGAGAAAACUAAGAUUCUACUUCUUCCCUUUGAGAUUUGCCCCAGGACUUAAUCUAUCAAAACAAUUUUCCUUGCUUUGUAUGUCUGUUGUAGGAGAAUCUAAGUACAGGUAAAAUCUUUGAUAUAAAUAUCCCAGUGAGACUCCUGAAGCAAACUUUAUUUACUUCUUAGUCAUCUUCCAUGAAACAUCAGCUGCUCUUAUUAAACUUAAAAGUUUAAAAAAUAAAAAAAUGAAAAAAAAAAAAAAACUAUCAAAUAUUCUUCUUGGAGAAGAGCAUUAAAUUGUGGGUUGUGAAAGGACUUUUAAGACUAUGCAUUAUUUAGUUUCCACCUACUUUAUGCUAGUUUUGGCCUUUAAGGAUUAUAUUACAGGGGGUCAUAGUCACUUUUGCAAGUUGCUUUAUUUUUAGAUAGGCAACAAUAAACUGAAAUUUUAUUUUUGUUUCAGAGAAUAUUAAACUAAACAAAACUUAGUUUGGUUUGAGAACUACUGGAAAUGCAUAUGGCAUAGGAUUCCCCCCUCAAAUAGUCCUUUGUUUUUAUCGGCUGCAGUUCUUUAAAGAGUCUUGUAGGACUUUUGUAAAUUUAUUUUGUAUUUAAAAUCAGUAUAAAGGCUGGUCAAAUGUAAUAUAAUUGUGUAAACAAAUUCUGUUAAUAGAAAGAUGUACAGAUUCAUUUUGUACUGUAUCUUUAAUCUUGUGAAAUAAAGAUACCACUUGUGUGGUUA